AUGAAGCUAACUAGAAUUAUAAUAGCCUUUUUAAUAAUUAAUUACUAUGCAGUCUCUGAAUUAUUUAAUCAUUUUGAAAUAGAUAAAAUAGAUAAUUGCGUAGAAUAUGUUUAUGCUCCUAGUAGAUUUAAUUACUAUCUCUACGAUUAAGCUCUUUGUAUUUAAUGUGAAUUAGGAUAUGUAGUUUCAAAAAAUUAUAAAUAAUGCAUUCAUUUUAUUUUUUAACUAUCGUAUCCUAAAUAUGGAAACUGUAAAAGGCUAGCGGAAGAUGGAAAAUGUGCUGAAGCACUUGAUGGAAUCGAAUUACUCCCAAAUAAUCUAUACACUAUAGUGAAAGAUUAAAAAUUUUUAGAGAGAUGUGCAAUCGUAGAUGAAAGUGAAUCAGUGUGCAUAUUCCCAAGAUUUGGAUUUAUUUUAGAUGAAUAUACAAAUAGUAUUUUCAAGGACACUCACAUGACUUUUUGUGCUUUGUAUAAUUCAAAAUAUAAUAAAUGUACUAAGUUUUAAUAGAGAUUUUUGAGAAAAGAAAAUACUUAAUUAGGAGUUUACUUAGGUGAGAAUUUUAUAAGUCCUCAUUUAUUGCUACCAAAUUCAUCUACUUACUAUCUAAGUUGUUAAAAUAAUUAUCUUUUUUUAACCAAGUUUCUUAAUUAGUUUGAUGGCUGUUUUGAUGAUAAUUUUUUAUAAGAUAUUAAUAAUUUAUAUUGCACAAGUAACCAUGCAUUAAGGGAUGAUAAAUUAAAAUGUGAAAUAAUAAUUCACUUUUGUCAGGAAUAUACAGAGAUAGAAGGAAAUUAAUUAUGUAUAAAGUGUAUUCCUUUCUAUAGACUUCAUCUUUAAACAUGUGUUGAAUUACUUGGAUGUGAGGUUAUUAGCAAAGUAAAUUCAAAUAAAUGUUUAAAAUGCAGUACAAAUAGAGUCCUCAUUAAUGGUGAAUGCAUUUUGAAAGAUUAAAGAAGUUUGCAAAAAAAAAAUCUUGAUGAAUAAAGUAAACUAAAAAAAUACACACAUAAAUAAUUAAGAAAAUAUAACAGUAUUAAUUAAUUGAAUCAAAGUAUCUUUGGUUUAGAAAAUUCAAUUUAAAAAUAGGCAAACUAAAAUUAAAAAAAUGAGGUUAAUUUAAAUCAAAGAAUACUUAAAAACAUAGAAAAAAAUUUAGAAAUUUUAGAAAAAUAGGGUAAAAAUAAAUAAUAAAUCUUACCUUAAGAUAAUAUUUUAUAAUAAAAUUAUGAUUAAAAUAAUGAUAAAUGUAAAUAAUGUAUAUUUGAUGAUGAGAUGCAAUGUAUUUCAUGUAUUAAUGAAGAUUGCUAUUUAAAUGAAGAAAAAAAUAGAUGCCUACAGAGAUAAUAAUCUUUUUACUGCUAAGAUAAAAUUUAUAAUAGUGAUAAUUGCUAAAAUUUAAUUUGUUAAUCUUAAACUAUUCUAAACCCAAUUUUGAUUCAAAACUUUGAUCUUAAAAAUAUUGAGACAAUCACUUACUUAAAUAAUUUACUUGACAUGAGUUUUUAAAUAAAUUCUGUAGUUUCUCAUAAUGAAUUUGAAAAUUUUAUCUAAAAGUAUUAGUUUUAUGGUAUUAACAAUAAAGCCAAUAUUUAGAUAUGCACUCAAUUCCAUUAAUAUUUAACAGAAGGAGAUGAAAUUUAUUUUUAAGGAAAUAAUUUCUACAAAUGUGAUAAAAUAAGGUAUCAAAUAUUAAAAAAUUUUAAUCUUCCUUUUAUAGUAUUUCGAUGCUCAAAUGAAUUGAAUGUUUAAAAUAUUUUUUAUGAAAAUUGUUUUUCAUAUGAUUUAGAAAAAUCUUUUUGCUUGUAGUGUCUUUAAGGUUUUCAUUUCAACUCAGAGACUAUGGUAUGUGAAAAAAAUAUUUAAAAUUGUAUAAUUCAUAGUAUAUAUAAUACUUGCAUUAUAUGUAAAAGUGGCUAUAAAUUAAUUAACGGAAUAUGCUAAGAAAUUUGUGGGAUACCUGUGCCAGGAAGUGUAACUUAAUUUCAUUCCUUUUAUGUUUUGGAAAAAUCUGGUAACAAAUAGACAAUUUGCAAAAAUACAAGUAUUCCGUGCAAGAGAUUUAUUAAUGAUAGAUGUUUUGAGUGUUUUGAAGGAUAUGUUUUAGAUUACUCUUCAAAUUUUUCUUGUAUAAAAGAUACUCAUUUUCCUGAUUGUAAAAUAAUAGAUUAAUUUGAGUAAAAUAAUGAAAUUAAAAAUUAAAAUAUGAAUACCUUUGAUGGCAAAAAGUGCAUAUAAUGCAUAGAUGAAUACAAUUUAUUUUAAGGCUUAUGCUUUUGUCAAAAAAUGAAUUGCUUAAAUCAUAUUACUUGUAAUUAAAAUGUUUGUUAUAAAAAAUUUAGGAGUUUAUUUAUAGGAUAAAUUAAUUUGGAAGUCACUUAGUAUUUGGAAAAAUAAGGAGAUUUUUACAAAGUUUUAAAUUGCAGCAUUCCAUAUUGUUUAGCGUGCCAUGAAGGAAAUAUUUGCAUAAAAUGUAUGUUUGGAUAUUUUUAUGAGGCAUCAUAAUAAACUUGUAUAGCUAUUAAUUAAAAAAAUUACAUAUAAAUUGAAUAAGAAAAACAAGCUUGUCUUGAUUAUAGUAUAAAAGAUAAGUGCCAAAAAUGCAAACAUGGAUAUUAUCUAAUGCCAGAUUUUAAAUGCUAUAGAAAAUGUUUGCCAGGUUAUUAAAUAAUAAAUAAUAUUAAAUUUGGUAGCAUUUGUUAUAAAGUUCCAUACGCAUGUCAUAGAUACACAUUUUCUAUUGAAGUGUAUUUAAAUUAUGGGAUAGUAACUUGUUAUUAAUGCUUUAAAAAUUACUUUUUAUAUUUAGAAACAAAUGAAUGUAAAAAAAUAUGCAUUUAUUACAAAAAUAAAAUAUAAGAUAGUUAAUUUUAAUGCUUAAAGCAUUGCCAAUAUACAUAUCUUCUUGAAGGAAGAGAAUGUACACUAUAUUGUCCUAAGUUUUAUAAAAUUAUCAAUGGCUAAAAUUUUUGUGCUGAUUCAUGUUAGGGAUUAUAUAGAUACGAAGAUAACAAUUUGAAGUGUACAAAUGUAUGCCAAGAAGGAUAUCAGCCUAUUAGAAAAGAUUUAGUUUGUAGAAAAUGUUAAGAUAAAAAUUGCUUAAGGUGUAGUAAUAAAUAAUUUUAAUUUUGUUUUAAAUGCAAUAUAAAUUAUACAAGUAUUGAAGGUAAAUGCAAGUAUAUAUGCUCUAAUUUUGCUAUAGUAGAUAAUAUUUCAGAUUGCUCAACUGAUAAUUUAGUAUAAUAUUGCAUUACAGAAAAAUAGGGUAAGUGUAUUAAAUGCGAAGAUAAUUUUUCAUAUGAUGAAUAAUAAAAUAAAUGCAUUUGCUAACCUACAAUAGGGUAUUUUGAAUAUAAAACAAAGACUUGUUAAAAAUUUUGUGAUAAAAAUUGCUUGAUUUGCAAUAAUAAUAAUAAAUGUAUAUAAUGUAUGCCUAAUAAAUUUUUGAUUAAAAACGAAUUAAUAACUAUAUGUACUGAUAAAUGUCCAGUAGGUUAUUAUCCUUUAAAAAAAAAUAGUGAGGGAACUUUCUUAGAAUGUGUAAAAUGCCCAUUACACUGCUUUUCAUGUAUAAAUAGUUAUACAUGUACAGAAUGCAAUCAUUUAUAUGAGGAAUAUUCUUGUAAUAAUUAAACAGAUAACGUAUAUUGUAUAUUACCUUAUUAGCAAAUCAAAGAUAAUUAAAGUGUACCUAUUAGAUAUUAAUGCUGUAAAGUAUAAAAUUGUGAUAUAUGUUCUUAAGAUUCUCUCUAAAUUUGUGAAAAAUGUGAUCAUAGUUAUCCUUUUCUAUAUCUGAAUACAUGUCUAGAAAAAUGUCCAGAAGGAACAUAUGCUGAUGAAUAAAAUAUUUGUUAAAGAUGCCAUCCUUUAUGUAGAACUUGUUCAUUUAAAUUGGCAACAUCAUGCCUUAGUUGUGUUUUACCUAAAAACAUGGUUGAGUCAGAUUAAACAUGUAGAUGUUCAAAUUAAAAUUUUUUUUUUUUAGAUUAUUGCUAUUCUGAGUGUCCAAAAUUUACCAUGAUACUUGAUGGAGAAGUAAGUAGAAUGUGUAAGUAAUUCUGUCAGGACUAUAACUCUUAUCCUGUAUUUGAUGAUAAGGGAGUCUUUGAGUUUUGUGAAUAUAAUAUCGACUAGUAAAAUUCUAAAUUUUGUGAAUAAAAUUUAGUAAAUUUGAAUAAAUACAUAACUCUUGAAAUGAAAAAUUCUGAAUAAAAUAGUUAAGUAUAAAGUAUUUUAAUAACUAUUAGAAUUUCGUAAACUCCUAAGGAAUGCUAUGAAUUUAAUCUUAACACUAACGCAAGGAUGACUGAGGAUGCUUUAAAUCUUGAAUUUAUAGAAUUUAAAGUCGAUAAAUAUCAUAAUUAUUAUUUUUUACUAUAAAGUAAAGUUAAUAUAUCACAAUUAACAUAAAGGGAUAUAAAUAAGUGUAAAUAAAAUAUUUGCACUUUAUUUUUAUAAAUUUACCAAGGAGGAAUAUUAAAAAAAAUAAUUGUAUUGAAAAUAAAUUUAAUUACUCAAGUGAUUGUAAUUAAAUCAAUCUAAUAAACUAAUUUAAAUACUAUUUAGAAAAAAUAAUUUGAAUAGUAUCAAAUACAAAAUUAACCACUGCUAAAUUCAGUUAUGUCCGUGAACUGUGAAGAUUUUAUAGUUUGCAAUUAUCAAUCAAUUAUUUCAUACCCUUCUAUUUCUUUAAUAUUUGAUAUAUAGGUUUUAUUUGAUAAUACAAAUGAAACUAAAUAGUCACUUGCGUUAAUCCCUAUCUAAGUGUAUAUAAUUUAGUAAAAUAAUAAGCUAAUCCCUAUUGAUAAUUUAUUUUAUGAUAACUUCUAUCCUUCAAAAUUAAAAAUAGAAAUCAGCUUCAAUGAAUUAGUUGAAGGCAAAUUAGUCUUCUUGAUUAAGGUAAGAGAUUGGAAAGAUUAUUUGCUCGGUUAUUAGUAUCUUAUGAAUAAAAAUAAAUAAAACAAAUAUAUUCAAUAAUUUAUAGAUAUUAAGAUAAAGAGCAAAAAUAACCCAACAAACAAUAAAAAUAUUGAUUAAAAUUAAAACUAUAUUGAUUUGAAAUACAAAAUUAUCAUUAUCUUUAACAUAAUUGUAUGCAUUCUUAUAAUAAUCUUAGUAAUAUUUAAUUGUAUAAGAAAGAUUAAAAUCAAAAUCCCUGCUUAUUAGUAAUAAUAUGAUGAAUAAGAAUCUAGUAUAUUUUAAUAAACUAGUUCAUGCUUUCAUAAUGAAGAAUAAAUAAAAUCAAAAUCUGAUAAAUAUUUAUUUAAUUCAAGAUGA